AAUUACAUGGGAAACGCAAAAAAGUCACUGUUCAUACUUUUGUCUAUUACAGCCAAACUAAGUGAGAGAGCCACAUCAAAUCCCUCUAUCAUCAACCGAGGGCCGCUGUGCAUCUUUCUGAGGUGGAAACUGAUGGAUAAGUCGUUCUGGAAGAGAAUGGCAGCUUAAAUGAAAAAGCUUGUUUUCAGAGCCAGAGGAGCUCAUUUUUGACAUUUAGCCAAACUAAGUGAGAGAGCCACAUCAAAUCCCUCUAUCAUCAACCGAGGGUCGCUGUGCAUCUUUCUGAGGUGGAAACUGAUGGAUAAGUCGUUCUGCACUCAAAAAACUGAUCCAAGCCCUUCUUUGAUGUGACACAUUAAAUUGUUGUUUGAUUUGCUGAAACAAAUCUAUUAAACACUAAACAGAUGUAAAUUUAAUUGUGGUAACGUAAUAGUUUCACCUUGACAUUCAUGAACUCAAAACAAAUGAGUUUCAUUUGAAUUGGGACCGCCCAUUGCGCAUGUGCGAAGCAGCGCGCUCUCAGCCUCCGUUCCUCCCGGUCCUUUUUCACUGACAACUUCUGACAACGCUGCUGCGGGAUUUUACUUUACAGAGCCACGGAAAGCUGCUGUAAUUCCUCUCCUUGGUCAGUACUCGAUUUUGUUAUAUUUUAAAAAGCAUGCUGUGAAAAGACCGACGAAUUUUACCGUCAGUGAAGUCGGACAUGGGCUAGCGGGCUAGCUAGCUAAGAUACACGAGGGAGAAUUAAGUUUGACUAAGUGUCUGUGGUUACUCUGACUAGUGUUAUAACCACACAACUUUUACUUAAAAAGUGUACAUGAACAUGAAUUAUGAGCUCUAACAACUAAUGAGUCUGUUUAAGCAGACCCCCCCUCACCUCUCCCCUCCCUUCCCCUCCUCAGUCAGUGUCUCUCUCUCACACACGUUAAACCUGUCUACUUAGAUGUUUGAGGCUGUUUGUGGCUUGUAAAAGACCAAUUACUCGGUGCAAACUUGUCGCAAAUUGCCAUUUUGAAUGCAGUGUGGGUCAUUUAUGCGAUAUAUACAGUCUAUGGUUACAACACCAAAGGCUAGCUAACAGUCAGUCAGUCAUUAAUAUACAAGCUAGUUUUUUUUUUUUUUUACCAGUACAAAAAGAGAAGCUGUGGCACAAACAUCAUCUAAUGCUGUCAGGAAGACGAGGUGAAUGCAGAGUUCUUCCGGAUCACCACGAAGCCACUACAAUCUAAGUUCCUGUCACAGAUGGACCACUUCUCAGACAAGCUGACUCAGAUCUUCCAGAGCAAAGGAGGAGUUAAAGGGCAAAAGAUCAAGUGCAUCCUGGCAAUGACAGACUCGUGCGAUGACAUCAACAUAAGGAGGGAGUGCAUCCUGAGAAGCCUUGUUGUCUAUGUCAAUGAAGACCCAGAUGUGUUUUUCAAGGAAUAUUUGGAUGCAGAGAGGGACAUCGCCACCACAGUCAUGGGGACUUACACAAUCCGAAGAGAUGGACAUGAAGAGCCAGAGGACGUGGGAGUUGUGAUUGAGGGCAUUAAAGUCCUCAGCAAUGUUGGCAGCGUCAUCAUGGGGUUCAUCAUGCUGUUCAUCAUGCUGUUUGGGCUCAUUUAUGCCCUUGAUCUAGCCUUUCCCGAAAACCUCAAGUACACCUUUGAGUUUUUCCAGAAGAUCAUUAUGAACUUGGAUGGACACAAGCUGAAUGCAAAGAUACAGCAGUUGAAAAUCAAGCUGUUUUCAUAAGGCGCAAACACUGUGUCCACACAUUCAGUGACAGUCAGCAUGGAUGUUUUUCUUGUUAACUACUUGUGUAGCACAUCUUGAAGUGUGUUCCUAUGGAUAGGCUGUGACUGGACUCAAAGAAAUUCCUUUUUCUUUUUCUUUAUUUUUUCUUUCACGUUUCAGGUUCUGUUUUGUACUUCUUCCAUGUGUAUAGUAUAGUAAAACCAAAGUUUUCAUGUUUAAUGUGAGCUGGUUAUACCAUGCCUUAGCCUUUGCAGAUAUUGUACUUGUAUUAUUAUUGUACUAGCACUAAUACUAGUUACUUUGGUUGAAGCAGUUUUGAAGUCAGCGGAUUCAUUUCUUUUCUUUUCUAAAUAUGAUAGGUCAUACACUGUGUUCAUCAUAGAUAAAAAAAUUAAGAGAAGCUUAUAAAGCUAAGCUCUCAGUCAAGGUCAAAGUGCAUUUUGAACAGUUUAGUUUGAGAUUGGUGGAAGAAUUUCCAUGUUUUGUUCUGUUGAUGUGUGUUAAAUGUGGUAUAUGUAUAUUUCAUUCCAGUAUUUAGGCACUACAUAGUGCAGGUAAUGGUAAAGAAAUGUUCAGGGUCGGUCUGAACUGGUCAAAACAUGCCUUAGCUUUUCUGCCUGAAACAUAUAGCUGAGGCUCUGUGUUUUGACACAAGUCAGUGACUGUCAUCAAUAUGUUGAUGAGUUUCAUGUUGAUGUUUUAUAUCUAUAUAUAUCUCUCUCUCUCACUCUC